ACAGAAACUGUAUCGAUCAGCGCGCAUACGGGACCGCUCCAAGAAGGUCACGGUUAGAUCGCGGUGAUCUCCGGUGAACAGUGUUUGUGCAAACGUCGAGCUAGCGGGUUGACUUUCUAACAGGGCUCUCUCCAUCCCUUCCGCGUUGUGAGUUCCCCCAUUAAGGAUUCUGCGGGACUUUGUUUCUUGACUUGUCGUCUGGGUUUCGCGUUUUUGUCUCUCGUUGAUCGUGUCGCGUAAGUGCUCAAGUGUUGUGUUGAUCGCGACAUUCGAAGUCGGUUUCCCCGUCGGUACUUGUGAGAAGAAAAACAAACUGUGCAAUAACAUCCUUCCGGUACCUGAACGUUGAAGAGUUUGUUGAUAUUAAACAGAAUAGGAAAUUUAUGGUUCUGAUCGAAGAUCAUCCUCCACGGUAAACUUUGCGGUUCGUUUGUGCUGUUUUGUGGUGCACCUGUGAAAGCAUUCUAAGCGUAAUCCAGUGACUUUGCAUAAGUUGGCAUGAUCGAAUAAGUGAGCAACUAUGGAAACGUGUGUACUAAUUCCGCAGGAGUUUGCGCUGGCCGUGACAGGGGUCGGUGCUCGCAACUCCAGGGAUCAAACGGCUACGGUUUGGUCCAACUCGGCCAUCCCCCAGGGAACUCUCUGCUAUCCCUUUCAAGGAACCGUUCGGAUUGAUAAUCUGGACGUCUACAGCUACGUCGAUGAAGAUGAUAUUCGUCACCGCUUUGGACUGUACGAUGAAAUCACCACCGUCAACGGGAGGCGCGUGCGGCACUGUAACUGGAUCCGCUUUCUGCGGGUGUCGGAAACUUACGGACCGCAAGUGAAUGUGGUCUGUGCCAAGGUGAAAGGGGAACCAAUUUAUGAGAUUGUGAAGCCAAUUCCGUCGCACCAGGAACUGGUCGUGUACUACCUUCCCGAAGGACCGGAGGAGCUGUUCUUCAUUCGUAUGCGCAAUCAGCUGUACAGGCAAACGAUGGAUUCGAUACUAGAAGACUCCCCCCUGGACCUGUCGACCUCGCUGCUAUCGCGGGUAAUGCUGCCGAUCUCACCACCAUCCGGGGCGGAAGACGAACGAAAAUCCGUUUCCGGGGACAGUUCGAUUUCCAUCUCGUCCGGUGCCAGCACCAGUGGUGGCGAUCUGGACAGUCACUCCAUUCCUCCGCCCCGCAGUUCACCGAAAGCACGACCAUCGCGGGGCGAACGGGCCAUGCUGCCGUGUGAGGUGUGCGGCAAAGCUUUCGACCGUCCUAGUCUGCUGAAAAGGCAUAUGCGAACGCACACCGGCGAAAAACCGCACGUCUGUGGUGUGUGCGGCAAAGGAUUCAGUACCUCCAGCUCUCUGAACACGCAUGUGCGGAUUCACAGCGGCGAAAAACCCCAUCAGUGUCAGGUGUGUGGUAAGCGGUUCACCGCCAGCUCCAAUCUCUACUAUCACCGAAUGACGCACAUUAAGGACAAACCGCACAAGUGCAGCCUGUGCUCGAAAUCCUUCCCAACGCCCGGAGAUCUCAAGUCGCACAUGUACGUGCAUAACGGCUCGUGGCCGUUCAAGUGUCACAUCUGCUCGCGAGGCUUCUCCAAACAGACGAAUCUAAAAAAUCACCUCUUCCUGCACACUGGCGACAAACCGCACGUCUGCGAGGUGUGCAACAAAUCCUUUGCGCUGGCGUGCAACCUGAAGGCGCACAUGAAAACGCACGAGGAGGGCGGCGGCUCCGGCUCCGUCGGACACGAGAGCGAAUCGCAACGAGGAUGCCCUGGUAGCAGUCACAGCGAGGGCGAAGAGUCCAGCCCGCCGUUAUCGUUCGAGAAGGCCGAGGAGCGGCUGAAUUUCUCCAAGCAUCUGCUGUUUUCCAACUACACCAAACAGAUGCUAUCCGGGGUCGGCUGAGUUCAGCAACGAGUUGGACAUACAAAACAUAGGUACCGGCGAUCGCCGGGAAGGCUGAAUCGUACCGAGCUGCAGCAGUUCUGGAUUGCCCGCACCGCCUUUUUUCGGGUUUCGCGCUGACACUGGCUGUCCGCUCGAUUCGCGAUUUGGAGCACUGUGUACACAUCUCUUACUUACUCGUAAUGUAAACCCAACUUAUCGUCAUGCACUGAGUGUAUAGUUUGUCACCCGAAACUUGCGUGUUUUUAAUGUACAUUAAUUUUCUAAUGUUAAAAAAAAGAAUUUACUUCGAAAAAAGGCUAAAGAGUCAGGAAAGAAUGAAAAGUUAUCUUUGUUUCUUGCUAUUACAUCUAAUAGUUAGUCGCCGGACGCACUGCUGUAGAUAGAGAAAGAAUGAAAUCGACGUCCAGAAGUACUAAAUUGUGUGAUUAAUAAUCCCCGUAUCAGUAUCUGAGAGCGAAAGAUUUUUAACCCUUGAAUUUGUAAUAAAACUGUACAGUUACUGUCGAAAUGUUUAA